AAACAGGGACAGGAAGUAACUCGGAAGUGACGAAAGUGCUCCUUAUAAACCAUGCUUGAAUGGAGGUGACCUUAGUGCAUAAUCUAGUAGUUAAGUCUUAUCGUUAUCGGUCCCUCGUUUUAUGCGCCUGCCCAAUAUUGUUUAAUACAAAAGUUGUGUUAAAAGGUAUUGAGCGGGACGAGCAGACAUGGCGGAGGCUCACCAAGCACGCGUUCAGGCUGUGGUGGAGGAAAUGGUCCAAAGCCUGGAGAGGGAUCACAUCCGAAAAAUGCAGGCUCGCAUGUUCAAGUGCAGCGCGGACUGCUGUGAUCGACCCACAGACACCAUGACCCAGGUGCAUCAGUGCAUCGACAGGUGUCACACUCCUCUGGCCAAAGCCCAGGGGCUCGUCACCUCCGAGCUGGAGAAGUUUCAGGACCGUCUGGCCAGAUGCACAAUGCACUGCAACGACAAGGCAAAGGAUUUGUUUGACUCCGGUGCCAAGGAACCCGCUGUCCGGUCCCUGAUGGAGCGAUGUGUGGGCAGUUGCGUGGACGACCACAUGAACCUCAUUCCCAGCAUGACUCGUAGAAUCCAAGAGAACCUGGACUCUAUACCCCAAUGAGAUGACAAACGUCAACGCUUGUACUGAGUCCACUCUGAUCAGUGACUAUGAAGUGGAAGUAAAAAGGCAGGAGACCUGGCGUCAGAACAUGGCAUCCACACUGCCUGAUAUACCGUGCACUUUGAAUCAUGCAUCAGGUGUUGCGCUUUCAAACAUAUUUAAGUUGUUUGUCAUACAAGUACAUACAUGUUUCUAUAAAACAAUUACAUUUACUUUUGACUGCAUUUCUUGUAGAACCUAGCAAAAAAUAACUGACCGAAUACAUAUAGUGAUUUAUAGACCAGUAGCAGAACUUUAACAUCUAUUCUAAAGCUGACUGGAAGCCAGUGUAAAGACUUUAGAAUUGGAGUAAUAUGCUCUGACCUUUUUGUUCUCGUCAAAACCCGAGCUGCAGCAUUUUAAUGCUCUUUUGAGGGAGUCCAUUCAGAAGACUAUUACAAUAGUCAAGUCCACUUGAGAUAAAAGCAUGGAUGAGCUUCUCCUGGUCUGCUGGACACAUACAAGCCUUCACUCUGGAUAUGUUCUUCAGAUGGUAGAAGGCAGUUUUAGUAAUUGAUUUGAUAUGACUGUUGGAAGUCAGGUCGGAAUGUAUCAGAACACCAAGGUUUCGGACUUGGUCUUUGAAGAGAGUGACUCCAGGUAUUUACUAACAGCAAUUCGCUUUUCUUUAUUGCCAAAAACAAUUAUCUCAGUUUUGUUGUGGUUAAAGACAUUUUUGGCUCAUCCAGAUAUUUAUGUCUUAGACACAAAACCUCAAUUGAACUGUAGUCAUCUGGAGACACUGCGUCAUCUGCAUAGCUAUGAUAGUCAAAAUUAAAAUUCUGAAGAAUUUGACCCAAGGGUAGCAAAUAAUUACAGCUGAACAGAAGGGGUUCAAGAACUGACCCUUGAGGGACCCCAUAGGUCAUUGCCAUUCGAUGAGAUUGAACACUUCCAAUGGCUACAAAAUAACUCCUUUCCUCCAGGCAGGACCUGAACCAUUUAAGGACUGUUCCAUUUAGUCCUACCAACGUUUCCAACCUGUUCAGCAGUAUAUUAUGAGCUACCAUAUCAAAAGCUGCACUGAGGUCCAACAAGACCAGAAUUGACACCUUUCCCGAGUCAGUAUUCAAACUUAUCAUUUAGCACUUUGAUGAGCAGAUUCUGUACUGUGAUGAGUUCGGAACCCUGAUUGACAUUUCUCAAAAAGUCAAUUUAAGUUCAAGAAAUUGCUGAGUUGAUUAAAAAUAACUUUCUCAACAAUCUUGGCUAUGAAAUGGAGAUUUGAGAUGGGUCUAUAGGUUGCUAACAUGGAAGCAUCCAGCGCACUUUUUUUUUUUUUAAAGCAGAUGCUUGGUAGCUGCUUGAAGAGCUUUUGGAAACUCGCCUGACUGAAGUGAGCAAUUGAUUAUUUGCUGCAAAUCAGCUAGCACAGACUUCGCAGUAGCUUUGAAAAAGACAGAUGGUAUUGAGUCGACAGCUCCUUGAUGGUUUCAGCUGCUGGUAGUGGCAAACCCAAUGUUUAAGCGCUCUAUCACUGGUCCAAUCAUGUGAUGUAAGAUUUUUUUUUAAAGGGUUUACAAUAAAGACUUAUGGCAUUUACAGGAAAACAAAAAAACAUCCUAAUCCUUGUUUUGGGAUAGUGCACGAGCAUAAGGGGACUAGCAGCGCUCAUUGUCAUGGUAAUGCUUAGAGGUUUUCAAAAUAUAGUGUAGUGGACCUCCACUUAGAAAUAAAACCCGAACAAAUCCCAUAAUAUAAUGGAACCUCCGGAGUUUAAUGCCCCAAAAGUAGUACAUUUGGUGGAAAAACCAACUUUCUUGGGGAGAAAUGUGCCUAAAUGUCAAACAGAAGCAUUGGUGUUCAGUGAGGAUUGAACUCCUUACCUUUCUUUUGCUUUUUUUUCAUGAUGGUCAAGCAGAAAAUUUUCAUAACCUUAAGAGUCUAAGAAAUGGAACUUAAUAUGACAUAGGAAAGGGUAAGGCCGCUCAGUGCAAUAUGAUAAAUACAAUUCAUUCAAUACCACAAUCACAGUAUCACUCAACAAUCAAGAUCCUGAGCUCUCUCCAUUACAUCUGUCAGCUGAGGAAUUUUACUUUAGUUUUAUUAUACAGUACAUUAGUUGUAUGUUACUCUAAUAAGUUACUCAAAAACAAUGCCCCGUAAUGAUAAAGAUUUAUGAUGGUGGCAGUUUGAACCCAGGACAGGUUAAGGUAACUCCCAUUGUUUCCAAUUGGACAAAUUGUUUUGACAGAACACCUUGGAAGUCAACCAGCAUCCUAAUAGGAAAGUGGUGUAAAGAAAUACAGAAGCAGGUAUAAAUGAAGAUAUUAUAGCACCACAGCCCAUGUCUUUGGGCAGUUUUAUUGGCAAUGAACAUCUUGUAUACAUAAUUCUGCUUUGCAAAAAAAGUAAAAAAUAAAUAACUGUUGAAUAAAAAAACCAAAAGUGAUGC